AUGGAUAGACGUCAUGAGGAAUUUAUGGAAUUACGAAGACAGCGUCGCAACCAAUUGGCUAGAGAAGCGUAUGCUCGUCGAAAGGCUGAACGUCAGACCAAAGUGAACCGACCCAUGCUGGCUCCGUGGGAGAAGGGGAAGCGUCCUGCUAUCAAAACCAAGCCAAAGCAUAUCGUGCUCAAGAAGCCUAAACUCAAAAUGGCUAAGGAGUCCCCCGAGGCGACAAUGACAUGGACGAAAGAAUGGUCGGAGGAAUUACGCCAACAUGGAGAAUCCAUUGAGGGAAGAAAGACCAUCAUCUACGCCUUUUCAAGAGAAGAUUCGGAGAUAGAGCCUCUAGAGGAAGAACCAAUUGAAGAAGAGGUAUUGAUCGAGGACCCCUAUCCGGAAGAGGAGCUUAGUGAGGGGUCCCUCGAGGAAGAACCCCCGAUGGACUACUCAUCCGAGGAGGUCCCGACUGAAGAAUCUACCCAAGACAACGAAGAUUACCCCGAUGAGGAAUCAGACGAAGACAACUAA